AUGAUUUUUUCUUUGCCUCAGCGGGAAAAUGCAGAAGCAAACUACGGGAGAUCUCGUUCUUAUAGAAGAGAUGUUAGGAUAGAGAGCCAAUCAGCACCUCUUUUUGCUGAGAACCGGACAAUGCCUCCUUCAGAGAGGCUCUUACGGAUGCGAUCAUCUCUGACACGAGAGUUCAGCACUUAUGCAUUGCCAACACCUGUGGAAACAUCAAGAAGUCCCUCAUCUAUUACUCGUCUAGCUAACAACAACAACAACAACAUGGAUUCUUUUCUGGUCCAAUUACAAGUAAACCCUUACCUAACAAGCCUCUCUCCUCAGCACCUCGUUUAUACUCUGGUCCAAUCCCACGGAGUCCAGUUUCCGAGUUACCAAAAGUGUCAACAUCUUCACCAACUGCUUCUUCCCCUACAUUUGUCUCAACACCACUAA